AUGACACCAUCAAUACUACCCACUCCCAGCGAGGCCUCUGACCCCUCAAACCGUCCCAAAAUCCUCAUCCCAGAAAAAGUAUCCAUAGACGGCCUCACCCUCCUAGGUCACAAAUACGAAAUCCACCAACCCAAAAACCUCACCCCUACCGACCUCCUCACCCUAAUCCCCCACUACUCCGCCCUAAUAAUCCGUUCCGAAACAAAAGUCACAUCCGACAUCCUCGCCGCUGGGAAAAAUCUCAAAGUCGUCGCGAGAGCUGGAGUAGGUGUUGAUAAUAUUGAUGUAGAAUCCGCGACUACACAUGCUAUUAUUGUGGUUAAUUCACCUAGUGGGAAUAUUGCUGCCGCAGCUGAACAUACCAUUGCGUUGUUGAUGGCUGUGGCGAGGAAUGUUCCUGCGGGGGAUAGGUCGUUGCGGGGUGGUGGGUGGGAGAGGGGGAAAUUGGUAGGUACAGAGGUCGGUGGGAAGGUUUUGGGGAUUGUAGGGUUGGGGAAGGUGGGGCUUAAGGUUGCGAGGUUGGCGGUAGGGUUAGUACGCGCCCGUUACCUGGGAAGCAGGAAUUGGGAAUGA